AUGCGUCAGGAACAGAAAACGAAUGACGAUGACUCGGGUAAUGUAACCAACGUGGCAACGAAGGCGCAACUGCAGGCCGCUGUGAAGACGCUUGGCAUGGGGCCUUCCGCUUUCAAAGGACUCUCUAAGGAGCCGGAUGCGUAUUGCAGUGAGCUUCAAGCUCGCAUCUUAGCCUUCAUUGAGAAGUCGAGCGGCGAAAAGCACAAGGCCCUUCCUACUCCCGAAGAGCUUGCUGAGCUGAAGAAGGCUGCAGAAGCGAAGAAGGAGUUGUCUUUCCUGGAUGCAUCCAGCAUCAUUGAAGCGAUAAAGAGGGAUAUUGCACGUGACCUGGAGAGGGAAGCCGCGCAGGCCGCCUCGGAACCGCAGCAGAAGAAGGCGAAGGUCGAGAAGGAGGCUGGCACUCGUGCGUCUGCAGCUCCUGCGGCUGGUAGCGGUGCAGGGAAGCGAGGUGGCGAUGCGGAAGAGAAGCAGGAAGAAGAGGAGGAUGAAGAUGCAGAGGAUUCUGAAGACAGCGACGAGGACGAGGACGGAAGUGAGGACAGCGAGGGGGACAGCGAGGAGGACUCCGAUGGCUCUGAUUCUUCGGAGGAAGACGCAGCGGAGGAAGACGAAGACAAGGAGGAAUAG